AUGGAGGACGCUAUGGAAGGAUUUGAGUUCCAAAACGGGCCCUACUUCGCGGCCCCAUCUGGAUCAAGCAAAUACACAGUGCAAACCAUCUACGCUGGCCUACCCGUCGAGACUGGAUUUGAAGCAGAAUAUCCAAUUGUGCACGAAGGGUUUGAGCCGAUCCAGGAAGGAACUCAGUAUGAAGACCUCGAACAAGACGGCGGACUGAGCGUUCUACCGCUUGCGUUGCGUGAGCAAAUCGAAAGAACACAUAUUUUACCUAACCGACGGUCGCAAGAUGCCGCAAUAGAAGAUGAAGAGGAUGAAGUUGCCAACCGAACAGCCAGGGGCGAGUCGUUACUGCAAGAUGGCUGGUAUGACGCUAAUCGUCGAAGUGUGGAUCCUGACUACACUUUCUCCGAUGAUGAGCGCAGUGUGGAUGAGAACAUCGACGAAGACAUCCCAUCUGAAGAUGAAGACGCUGCUGGUAGGGGUCGCCGUGGUGGUCGAAGAGGUCGUGGAUCACGAGGUCGAGCGUCACGGGGCCGUGGCUCCGCUCGUGGAAGAGGGCGCGGUGCGAGCCAGACAGGAUCCAGAGCAAGCCAGGCCGGGAGGGGAAGACGUGGAAGGCCUCCCAGAGGGGAAGGCCAACGCGGCGGCGUCAAAGGCAAAAGGGGACCAAGAGCUGGGGCGAAUCCUGGUGCAGAGUACAUGCGUACUCAGGGUUUAGCGGCCGAUGCCUACGUGGCAGGUAAAUGGGACGAGGCUUUAGCAUACGCUGAGCAAGCGGUGAAGAUCAACCCAGACAUGCUUCAGUCUCACAGUCUAAAAUCUGAGAUUUUCGAGAGAAUGGGCCGACCGCAAGAUGCUGCAGACGCUUUGUUCAUCGGAGCUCACACUGUCCGGAAUACUGAGCUAUGGAAGAAGGUCGCGGAACGGCUUCGAUCUGUCGGUGGCGGUGAUGAGAGAGCACUCAACCAAAAGGUUUCCUACUGCUACAGCAAGAUAAUCAGUAUUGAUCCUGACGACCAUGAGACCCGGGCAAAGCGCCUCGAGAUUCUCCUGCAACUCAACCAUCUCAGAAAUGCUAUCAGAGAAUGCGAGAUGAUCCUGCGUUCUUGUCCGGAUGAUAUAACGGUUGUCACGCAGUUGGCGCAGUUGUACGUCGCGGACAAGCAACCGCAGAAAGCAGUCGAUUUCUUCGAGCAAGUCGUUACUCGGCUUACUGAGGACGAAGAGCCCGAGACUAGUUUGUUUGACUGGGGCUUGCUGAAUGUAUACAUCGAUCUCAUUGUGCUCAACAAUGAAGAAGAGGAAGGCGAGAAACAUGAGCGAGGCCUGAGGGAACUUACACAGUGGUCGAGAUGGCUGCUAGGCCGAAAGGAAGAAACAUUCUGGGAUGAGUUUGCCGAUGACCGGGAAUGGGAUAUGGAGCAUUCUCCUCGAAGAACAGCUGUAUCCGAAUUUGUUCCCGGCAAGCACCCCUUGAACGCAUACGGACAGGGACUGCCCAUAGAACUUCGGAUCAGAAUGGGCAUCUUUCAACUGCGUAGAACACAUCCGCUUUUGGACGAGGCACUAGAACAUUUCGAAUCACUCGAUCCCGGAGAUGAUUCGGCAGAUGCAACAGUCUUGACUCACGAUGACCUUUUCCGGGAGGUCGCCGAUGCGCUCAGGGAGAAAAAACAUUACCAGGAGGCUGUACGCUUCUACGAGCCCCUUGGAAAAGCACACCAAGUCACCGACCCUUCCUUCUAUCUGUCCGCGGCCGAAUCCUAUAAGGCGAUCGGCUGGCUCGAGCAUCUUGCCUUGAGCUAUCAGUCGUACUUGCAGUUCGAUGAUACAGAUGUGUCUCACCGCAUCGAACUUGCAAAGACGUACGUGGAGCUUAAAAUGCCCGAUCAUGCUGUUCAGAUCGCGGAUGAAGUUGUCAAACUGGGCAGACGAGACCUUGUCACGGCAGCUCAAUUAGAAUCAACCAUCCCGGACUCUUUUGAUGAUGCAUAUCGGGUUGCUGCCGCGAAGCGCAAGUUGCUGAGUAAGGAACCCGCCAGCAAACCUUCUCUCGAGGAUCCAAAGGAGCGCACGAACACCAUCAAGUCGAUGUACGAGCAAAUGAACGGUCUCAAGAGUAGCAUGGAUGCGGGAGACGAUCAAGCUAUGACUGACUGGAUGAUCCUCGCCAACACGCUCAUCGAGGAGUUUCGUCAAACUAAAGUGUUUUACCCUAAUCGGAACAAAUAUAUCAAAUAUGGAGAGUACAAACCGCACAGGCUGCAAGGGAGGCACAACAGACAUGAAAAGUGGACGGUAAGCGACCGUUCAUCCUUACGUACGCGAUCGAGACAUACUGACCUCGAUACAGGCGUACUCGAACCGGUCGACCCUGACGACCUAAACGUCACCCCCGACGACUUCCGCGGCAUUUCAUUCGACGAUUGGGUGGACAUCUUCUGCCGAUACGCUGUUAGUCUUGCCAAGCGUGGGCAGGCUAGGGAAUGCUGGCCCAUUCUCCACUCUAUGCAAGAAGCAAACAUCUUCUUCGAAGGCCGUCGACUACAGCACCUUCAUGUAUGCUGGCUAACGUGCGCUCUUCUACUCCAUGACGAGAGGCAGGUUUGCGACGAGAUCCGCUGGUUCAUGCGCCAUCACCCUUAUGCGAGCGAACCAUACCGCCUCUACAGUCUCAUCAACCGCGUCUGGCGUGGCAGUCCGCGAACAUGGUACAACUCGGGUCCGUCCCAGAAGUACUUUUUGCGACUGAUCAAGGAGAUGGACUUUAGUCUUCUCGACCCUAAAGUUCGUCGUAAUUUCGAGUUCUCAAACCAAGAGCUUAGCAGCUGGAGUGGAUCCGGAAAGAGCUUGGGUAACAGACAUGGACUUGUGGAUCACGAUCCUGCACUGCUUACGCUCUACGCGCACGUCAUGGCGGCAGGAGGCUCUUACCCGAAUGCGCUGAACUACUACUUCCGCGCCUACGCGCUGAGGCCGGACGAUCCUGCCCUCAACCUUUCGGUAGCGGUUGCUUACGUCCAUCACGCGCUUAAACGAACGGCGGAGAACAGGCAAUAUCAGAUACAGCAGGGCAUAGCCUUCCUGUUUCGGUAUCACGAGCUCCGAACGAAGGACAACAGAGCGGUCCACUGCCAGGAAGCGGAGUUUAACGUCGGCCGGAUGUGGCAUACGCUCGGUCUGAAUAAUCUGGCUCUCCAAUCGUACGAGAAGUGUUUGCAGCUCAGCGAUCGCGUACGAAAGGAGCACGGACAACCUUACGAUGAGGUGCAAGAAGACCUGGAGGACUUUGCGGCGGAGGCAGCAUACGCUAUACAGAACAUCCUAGCGGCAAAUGAGGACUUCUUGGGUGCAAGAGAGGUGACGAAGAAGUGGCUCGUCAUAUGA